AUGGCCGCUCCGGGUCCGGCGGGCGCGGGCGAGGCGGGCACGGGCGGCGGCGCGGAGGCAGGUGCGGGACCGCCGUACAACUGGCAGGCGACCAAGGCGUCGCUCAAGGAGCGCUUCGCCUUCCUCUUCAACUCGGAGCUGCUGAGCGACGUGCGCUUCGUGCUGGGCAAGGGCCGGGGCGCCUCGGCCGCGGGGGGCCCCCCGCGCGUCCCCGCGCACCGCUUCGUGCUGGCGGCCGGCAGCGCCGUCUUCGACGCCAUGUUCAACGGCGGCAUGGCCACCACCUCGGCCGAGAUCGAGCUGCCCGACGUGGAGCCCGCCGCCUUCCUGGCGCUGCUCAGGUUCCUCUACUCAGAUGAAGUCCAGAUUGGUCCUGAGACAGUCAUGACCACCCUCUACACGGCCAAGAAGUAUGCGGUCCCAGCCCUCGAGGCGCACUGCGUGGAGUUCCUCACCAAGCACCUGCGGGCGGACAAUGCCUUCAUGCUGCUGACUCAGGCUCGGCUCUUUGAUGAGCCCCAGCUGGCCAGCCUUUGCCUGGACACCAUAGACAAGAGCACGGUGGACGCCAUCAGUGCCGAGGGCUUUACAGACAUCGACAGAGACACGCUUUGUGCAGUUCUAGAGAGAGACACUCUCAGCAUCCGGGAAAGUCGUCUGUUUGGGGCUGUAGUCCGGUGGGCAGAGGCUGAGUGCCAGCGCCAGCAGCUGCCAAUGACAUUCGCAAACAAGCAGAAGGUUCUGGGCAAGGCACUGUCCUUGAUCCGCUUCCCAUUGAUGACCAUCGAGGAGUUUGCGGCAGGCCCCGCACAGUCCGGCAUCUUGUCAGACCGGGAGGUGGUCAGCCUCUUUCUGCACUUUACUGUCAAUCCCAAGCCACGUGUGGACUACAUCGACCGGCCACGAUGCUGCCUGCGCGGGAAGGAGUGUUGCAUCAACCGCUUCCAGCAGGUGGAGAGCCGCUGGGGCUACAGUGGGACCAGUGACCGCAUCAGGUUCACAGUUAAUAGGAGAAUCUCUAUAGUCGGCUUUGGCUUAUAUGGGUCUAUCCACGGUCCCACGGAUUACCAAGUAAACAUACAGAUCAUUGAGUAUGAGAAAAAGCAGACCCUGGGGCAGAAUGAUACAGGAUUUAGUUGCGAUGGAACCGCCAACACUUUCCGGGUCAUGUUCAAAGAACCCAUAGAAAUCCUGCCCAAUGCCUGCUACACAGCCUGCGCCACCCUCAAAGGCCCAGAUUCUCACUAUGGCACCAAAGGGCUGAAGAAAGUGGCACACGAGACCCCGGCAGCCGGCAAGACUAUGUUUUUCUUUUUCAGCUCCCCAGGCAACAACAAUGGCACUUCUAUAGAGGAUGGACAGAUCCCAGAGAUAAUCUUUUAUACCUAAGUUAGCAUUAGAGCCCAGUCUAGCUAUAUAUCAGCCAGAGGCUGAUCUCAAAGGCAUAAAAAACUGGCCACAAAAAAAAAAUAGUCUUGAGUGUGGUGAAUAUUUAUGAUUGUACCAUAAGAAACACUCUCGUUUCUUUAAAGCGAUGGAAAAUGGUGAUGUAAGUCUGUGGUUUGAAGGCAGAUUCCUCAUUCUCCGGUGACCUUGGGAGGAAGAGCCCUGUUUGUUUGCAAACGGAGGCAGCACCGCUAAUUCCUGUUUUCAUCUGGAGUCGUUCUCAAGCAGUUGCCUUUCGAUCCUGCGACAGUUAUGUAAUGAAAAGAUUCUUACUAGCCCUGGUCAGGGUUUGUUUUUUUUAACUGUUUGGAAGGUUGGAUGACCUGGACAUUGAAGCUUAACUAUUUUUAGAGUCUGUGAGAGGAGACAGGGCCAUUUUCCUAUAGAAUUCCUCAUCACACACAUUUCGAAAAGUAAGCAAAGUCACUUUGUAAUCAAGAGUUUUAAAAUAGCUGACUGUUGGG